AGCCUGUUCCUCCAUUUUCUUCUGCGUCUCGCAACCGCACUCUCCGCCUCCGCUCUUUCCUCGUAGGUUUCUUUUUUUUCUUCUCUCGCUGAGGAGAGAAGAGGAAAGGGUUCUCCUGGUCCUCCGCUUGCUCGCUUGUUUUAGAGACCCCUGAAAAUAUUAAGGAAGCUGUAGGUUUCUCGUUUCCGUUAAUGCAAAUUUUGGAUCCUCUAGCCUGUUUUCAUUUGAAGUCAGUCUUAAGGGGGCUUCUUUCUGCCGCAUAUAAAAGAUGGCAGAUGCAGAGGAUAUUCAGCCCCUUGUUUGUGACAAUGGAACUGGAAUGGUCAAGGCAGGAUUUGCUGGUGAUGAUGCUCCAAGGGCAGUAUUUCCUAGCAUUGUUGGUCGACCUCGUCACACUGGUGUGAUGGUUGGGAUGGGCCAAAAAGAUGCAUAUGUUGGCGAUGAAGCUCAGUCCAAGAGGGGUAUCCUAACUCUUAAGUAUCCUAUUGAGCAUGGUAUUGUGAGCAAUUGGGAUGACAUGGAGAAGAUCUGGCAUCACACCUUUUACAAUGAACUUCGAGUAGCGCCUGAGGAGCAUCCUGUUCUUCUCACUGAGGCUCCAUUGAAUCCUAAAGCCAACAGAGAGAAGAUGACACAGAUUAUGUUCGAGACCUUUAACGUGCCUGCCAUGUAUGUUGCUAUUCAGGCCGUCCUUUCUCUGUAUGCUAGUGGGCGCACAACCGGUAUUGUUAUGGAUUCUGGUGAUGGUGUGACCCACACAGUCCCGAUUUAUGAAGGAUAUGCACUGCCGCAUGCUAUCCUUCGUCUGGAUCUUGCAGGCCGUGAUCUUACAGAUGCACUUAUGAAGAUCCUGACUGAGAGAGGUUAUUCUUUCACAACUACAGCUGAGCGGGAAAUUGUUCGGGAUAUGAAGGAGAAGCUUGCAUAUGUCGCACUGGAUUUUGAACAGGAGCUUGAGACUGCCAAGAGCAGCUCCUCGAUUGAGAAGAGCUAUGAGUUACCUGAUGGGCAGGUUAUCACAAUUGGCGCGGAGAGAUUCCGUUGCCCUGAGGUCCUUUUCCAGCCUUCUCUCAUUGGAAUGGAAGCUGCUGGUAUUCAUGAGACCACUUACAACUCUAUUAUGAAGUGCGAUGUGGAUAUUAGGAAGGACUUGUAUGGUAACAUAGUUCUAAGUGGUGGAUCGACAAUGUUCCCGGGUAUUGCGGACCGUAUGAGCAAGGAGAUCACUGCUUUGGCUCCAAGCAGUAUGAAGAUCAAGGUGGUUGCACCUCCAGAGAGAAAGUAUAGUGUCUGGAUUGGAGGGUCUAUCCUUGCAUCCCUGAGCACCUUCCAACAGAUGUGGAUUGCGAAGGCAGAAUAUGAUGAGUCUGGCCCAUCGAUUGUCCACAGGAAGUGCUUCUGAGACUACGAUUUCUGGUGGUUGUUGCUCUUGGCUUCUUUCUGGUUGUCUAUGUGAGGUCGGUCUAGUCUGGUUGAGGGAUGAGUUUUUUUUAGGUACGAGAGUAAUUGUCUUUCACUCUGGCUGAUAUUCCCCUACCCGAUAUGUAGCAUUAAAGUAUUGUGCAGUGGCUUGUUACUCAAAAGUAUUAGAUGGGAAGGCAUCGGUUUCAGUUUGCUAUUCACUUUUAGUCACCAUAUCAGGCCAAUGCUAUUUUUAUGGCAAGGAUAUGGUGCGAGUUUGGACCUUUUAAAAUUACUCUCCUUGUCUUUAUAUGUUUACAUUCUAUUUAUCUAGAAUGUAGGGUUUUGGUGUGUUGAUGGUAGGAAGAGCAAUGCGAUGCACACAUUCUCUUGA